AGCAGUCGAAGUUGCAUGGCACUGUUGCAAUAUACUGCUAAUUGAAAAAUAAUCGGAUAGACGGGUACUAGACAAUUAAUUUUACAUCAAUGUUGUGUUUGACAAUAAUUUUCAAUAUCGACUUCGCAUUUUUAUGCGCAAAAGAUAACAUUGCAAACGAUAAUAUUUAAGUUGUACAUAUAUAGAAUUCUGAUUAAAACCUUAUCGACAAUGGUACAAAACCAGUUGGAGUAACUGAAUUUUGAGCACAGAUGCAUAUAUCGUCGCCAAAAAAUGUUGAUCUGGCUGUUUUUAAUCGGGAUUGCUUUGUACUGGAUUUCGAUACUGUACAAAAAUAGGACCUUAAGAAAUAUUCCAGGACCAAUUCCUAUACCGUUUAUUGGGAAUGUGCUGUCGUCGGAUGCAUGUGAAUUUGCCGAAGAAUUGUGUAAAAUGCGUUCUAAAUAUGGCAAGACUUUCAAAUUUUAUAUUGGGCUUGACAUGAACGUGAUGCUCUGCGAACCAGCUAGAAUAGACCAAAUAUUGGGAAUGUGCUGUCGUCGGAUGCAUGUGAAUUUGCCGAAGAAUUGUGUAAAAUGCGUUCUAAAUAUGGCAAGACUUUCAAAUUUUAUAUUGGGCUUGACAUGAACGUGAUGCUCUGCGAACCAGCUAGAAUAGACCAAAUAUUCAAUUCAACAGUGAUAAUCAACAAAUCCAAAUACUACGACAUGCUAAAGCCUUGGCUUGGAGAUGGACUUCUAAUUAGUGGAGGUAAAAAAUGGAAACAAAGACGAAAAUUGAUAACACCUUCUUUUCAUUUCAAGAUUCUAGAAAAUUUCGUAAAUGUUUUUAAUUCUGCUGGAGGCGUAUUAAUAGACCAACUUUCGAAAGAAGUUGGAAAAGAGUCUGUCGACAUUUACGAAAUCUUAAAUCUAUAUACAUUGGACGUGAUUUGCGAAACCGCCAUGGGGGUCCAAAUAAAUGCUCAGACCGAAAAAUUCACGCCGUAUGCUACGGCAGUGCGAAAAUUUUGUGAAAUGGUAGUGUACAGGGUCUUUCAUCCACUCGGAUGGAACGAUACAGUUUUUCGGAUGUUUUCAAGCGAGUACAAAAGCUACAAUGAAUCUGUCACCCUUCUGCACGACGUCACCCGCAAAGUUAUUAAAACUCGAAAAGCUUUGUACGCGAACCAGGCCUCGGAUAAUAAUCGUGAAGAUGAUUUUGGUCGAAAAAAGACGUUCGCUUUAUUGGACUUGUUACUGACAACCGCAGAUGCGAAAGAUCUAACCGAUGAGGAUAUCGAGGAAGAAAUAAACACUUUUAUAUUUGAGGGCCACGACACUACCUCGGCCGCAUUGGCUUUUAUUUUGUAUGAAUUGUCCAAAAAUUCCAGUGUUCAGUCAAAGCUUUACGAAGAAAUAAUUGAACACUUUGGGCACACGAUGACAUCGAACCUUACUAUUAAGGACAUAAGUGACCUAAAAUAUCUCGAUAUGGUUUGCAAAGAAGGACUGCGAAUGUAUCCAUCCGUUCCCUUCGUAAUGAGAAAAGUUGAAGAGGAAUUUGUUUUAGAUGGAAUCACUAUACCACGAGACACGAUUUUAACAGUGCUCAUUUUUAUGUUGCACUAUGAUCCUGAUAUUUAUCCGAAUCCCGAAGAAUUCAUACCGGAACGUUUUAGCGUCGAGAAUCAAAUGAAGAGAGGUCCCUACGACUAUGUACCAUUUAGUGCUGGUGCGAGGAAUUGUGUGGGGCAAAAAUUUGCGAUAUACGAAAUCAAAACAACAAUUAUUAAAAUUAUCCAAAAAUUCGAGGUGUUGCCAGCUCCCGAUUACAAGAAGGUUCUGGGUUUCAUGGCCGUCCUCAAACCAAAGAAUGGCGUGGAGGUUCGUCUAAAGCUAAGAGACAAUGAACAUGGAAUUGGUUCUAACUAAUGGAGGUAUAUGUACGAAAACAAUACGCAUACGGAUGUUAUAGACAAAGUGAAACCAAUGAACCAUCAGUGGAAGUGGUUUAUUUGUUACUUAAUAAAUUGUUAUGUAAUAAAUUAGUAUUUGGUAUCAAAAUUUUUUACAGAAUGUUAAUACUAUUUUCGUAUUUUUGUAACACUCUUUAAUUGUUUUUAGUUGAAAUUUGAGCGUCAUUGUAGGCAUUUCGUCAUUUUCCGCUGGAGACGAAAGUAACAAACAAUAUCCACAAAUCUUUUUUAUAAAGUAGUAGUGGACCAGCUCAAUGAUUCGGUUAGCAACUUAUGUUAUUUCGAGGCUUGUCGAUUCUGAUGGUCACGUUACACAUCACAUUGUGAAUUUAUUCGCACUCUUUUGCAAAAAUCUACCUUAAACAAAGAGAAAAGGUAUAGUACAUAACACCGAUGAACUUUCUUAGGAACUCGUUCGGCUCGUGACCAAUGAAACUCAAAAUUUGUUGUAUAUUUGCGUACUAUCAACAGUUCCAUAAUACCUUCUUGCUAAACAGACCUUUUCCUUAAAUUGGUAAAAGUUAUACCAAAAGUAAAAAAAACGGGGGUAGGGUGCAAGUUGAUCAUUCGAAGUUGCCACUAGAAAUAUAUUUCAAACAUAGAAACAUUAACAUACAUUUCAACAGUUUCUUUUACAUGUUAACUUAUUACAAUCAUUUCGUAAGAUUAAUAAAAAAAUCCUUAUUUGUUUGAAAAUAAACUCUCGUUUGGCUCUAAAUUGGGGUCAUCUUUGAACAUUUGAUCAAGAUGGAAUUAAACUAGGUGUAGAAUAUAACUUUCGCGCAAAAAAAAAUAAGUUUUCAGUUUUAGUCAGUGCCGCCGCAUCUUAUUACUAUGCAGGGAAAAAAAUAUUAUAUACAUUUUAUCGUUCAUAUUCAAAUCUAAAAGCGGCAUAUAAUAAUUUCAAAUGGUUUGACAUAACCAUCCCGCGUAUUAAAAUAACGCUGGAAGAGACAAAUACUGGUUCUGUAAUAAAAGCACACAGAUAAGCCAUCAUUAGUAAACAUCGUAAAACAUUUAAACAAGAAUUUAUUAUUAUCUCUAACAUACUGACUUCAACACUGUCAAAAAAUUAUGUUCGAUAACUUGUUCGUCAACAUAUUCGAAUUUAUUUCACACUUGUCACACAUUGGAAAAAUGCUUUUCCAUUUUUGAUUAAAGCCUCCAUAGCAUCAUCUUUUAGGUGUUUAUUGGAAUAUUCUGUAAUUCUAACAUUAACAUAACAAUUCGUCGCCAGAAUUGAUUAUUAUCACUGAAUUACAUCUUUUUUGUUAGAAUAUUUUUAUUAUAUUUAUAUUAUAUAUUAUGACCUGACAGUAAACAAGGCAACAUAUUUAAGAUCGGCACAUACAGAGCAACAUUUUCGGACUUCUCUUACCAAUUUACCAACAUGUUGGUAAGCUUACCUACAUGUAAGUGAAAUUGUGGCUGAGAGCCAUAUUGCCGAAUACAUUUACUUGUGAGUGGCCCCCUUCAUUGUGACAAAAAGUGUUUAAGUUUGCACCUAGAAUAUUUAAUUUCUUUUCUUGCUUCACUAAAAUUAUGAGUAACUUGUAGCCAUUAAUAAAGCAAAUUGAAGCAAGACGAAUUUUAUUUGACUUUAAUAGUUACUGACUGCUAAUCUUUUGGUUGGUUCUUGACUAGUCCGAUCUUUUAUUAUUAUUAAUUAUGUAUACGCUGUAAAAAAUUUUAUUAUUUGUAAUACUUAGAUUAAUAAAUAAA